GUUGAAUUAAUUUUCAGGUGUUUUCCUUUGAAAGAAAAAAACAGAGAAAAUGUUUUAAAAUGAAAAUUUAUAGGUAAAAAAAGUCAAUUGGGAAUCGUUAGAUCUCACUGGUUCAAUGUGUGAGCCGGGCUUUAAAAACAUUUUGAUUUAACCCAUACACACAUCUCUCUGUUCCACGAUUCUCUUCCUCAGCCUCCACGUCGUCUCUAAACUCAGCAAAAACCAAUGUCGACGGUGAGAAAAAUCACUCUUAAGAGUUCGGAUGGCGAAAACUUCGAAAUUGACGAAGCGGUGGCGCUAGAGUCACAAACCAUCAAACAUAUGAUUGAAGAUGACUGUACCGAUAAUGGUAUCCCUCUCCCUAAUGUCACAAGCAAGAUCCUUUCGAAGGUGAUUGAGUACUGUAAGAGACAUGUCGAAGCUGCUGAGAAAUCCGAAACCACGGCCGAUGCUGCUGCUGCUACUACUACCACCACCGUCGCGUCGGGUUCUAGUGAUGAAGAUCUCAAGACUUGGGAUUCUGAGUUUAUCAAAGUUGAUCAGGGCACUCUCUUCGAUCUUAUCCUGGCUGCUAACUACUUGAAUAUCAAGGGACUGUUGGACUUGACUUGCCAGACAGUGGCUGAUAUGAUUAAAGGAAAAACCCCAGAAGAAAUCCGUAAGACGUUCAAUAUCAAGAACGACUUCACGCCAGAGGAAGAAGAAGAGGUUCGCCGUGAGAAUCAGUGGGCGUUUGAAUGAAGAAAAAUGAAGACCUAGGUUGCUGUCAUGUCCUCGACCCAUUUGUGUCUCCCUGUCUUAUCUUCUUUCUUUGACUAUAUAUCCAUUCUCUUCUACGUGAUGGUCCAGCUAAGACAGUGGGUCGGAUGUUAAUGUUAUGUUAUGUAUGUCAAAUUAAAGACUUAACUACGAAACAUAUUGAAGUUGUUGCUCAAAAGAGAGUGUUGGUCUUCUAUUGUUUCGUCAAUCAUUUAGAUAGGUUGUGAACACAAGUGAUAAGAUUUGUCUGCAUGUUCUUAGAAAGAGAAAAGAUCUUAUUACUUGU